AUGUCAGUUCAUUAUAAAUUCAAAUCGGCUUUAGAAUAUGACACUGUUACUUUCGAUGGAUUACAUAUCUCUGUGAAAGAUUUAAAAAAAGCAAUCUUGCAACAGAAAAAAAUUGGCAAAACUUCAGAUUUUGAUUUACAAGUAACAAAUGCUCAAACAAAGGAAACAUAUUCAGAUGAGAAUGUUUUGAUACCUAAAAAUGCAUCUCUCAUUAUUGCAAGAGUACCACUUACUCAGCAACAAAAAAAACAAUGGGAAAAAGAAAAAUUAAUUGCCAAUAGUAAAGUUGGAGACACAAAUGAACAAAACAGUCUCGGUCAAGUCGAUAUAUCAAGUUUAGAUUUGUCGGAAGAAGAGAAAAUCAAAACGAUGAUUUCUCAAUCGACAAGUGAUUAUGAUCCAUCUAAUUAUGUUAAAGUUAGAGGUGGAAAUCAAGUUGGAACAGUACCUGCUUCAUAUAUAUGUUUCAAAUGUCAUCAGCAUGGUCAUUGGAUUAAAGACUGUCCCUCUUCUAUUGAUAGUUCAAAUAUGGGUAUGACGGACACAAUAAAAAAAAGUACAGGAAUACCGAGAAGUUUUAUGAUACAAGUGGAAGGUCCUCAGGUACCAGGAGCAAGAAUGACUCCCUCGGGGAUUUAUGCCGUUCCAGCUAUAGAUCACGAGGUGUACAAAGAAAAAAAAAUAGAAAAGCCGCCUUUUUUAAUUGAAAAAGAAAAACCAGCUCCGGCGACGACAAUUCCAGAAGAUUUAAUAUGCGGGAUUUGUAAGGAUUUAUUACAGGAUGCCGUAAUGAUUCCUUGCUGUGGUAUUUCAUUUUGUGAUGAAUGCAUUCGCAACGUUUUAGUUGAUUCUGAUGAAUCCGAGUGUCCGGAUUGUAAUGAAAAAAACGUUUCGCCCGACACGAUGAUUCCAAAUCGUUUUCUUCGUAAUUCUGUAAAUACUUUUAAAAAUAAGACUGGAUAUGUUAAAUCGAAACCGCAAUUGAUUCAACAGAGGCCUCCGUCGCCUCCCAGGCCAUCUCUUCCCGAUUUCGUUCCACCACCGGACUAUGUAGAUUCGACGGCGACAAAAGAUACUCCUCAACAGGCUUCUGCCAAAGCAGAACCAAGUCCGGUAUAUCAAAGCUCGCCUGCUUCUGCAUUACAAAUACACCAUUCUCCAUUUCAAAAUCAAACCACUCCCGUUUACUCAGAAAAAUCUCCGUACGGUGAUAAUUCGAAUUCAUCCCAUCCGGAGGCGGUGCCCGAGGUGACACCCAGUUACACUCAAUAUCCUCCUCCCCCUUACAGUUCAAAUCAAUAUCAGAAAGGUCCUCAAACGACCGGAUACCAAAGACCGGAUCACUUCGGACGUGGUUCUUAUCACGGUUACAGACAUUCUGGACCCGGUUCGAAUCCUUAUCAUUAUCAAAAUAUGAAUCGUCCGAAUUUGAAUUCAAUCACCCGUAUUCCAGACAAUAAUUCUGGUUUCCCCACGGCAAAACCCAUCCGAUACCAACGGAACAAUACAAAUUUCGAACAUCAACAUAAGAUUUGGGAUGGAAGAGAGCCUCUGCGUGAGGAUAUUAACAACAUGAUCAUCAAAAUAGAUGAGCGUAAAGAUGAUGUUAAAAUGGAGUCCCAAAUUCCGUUAGAUGCCACGAUGUUAGAUAAUAAUAAUAAAAUUAAAGUUAACGUUAGCAAAAUAGAAAAAUUAAAAAAAGCUGGAAUCGACAUUGACGAUGUGAGUUCGGUGUCGAGUAAUUCAUCGGAAGAACCUCCUCCGCCUGUAGAAAAUCGUCGACCAAAUGAAGGACUACCUGAUCCUUCCCAAGGUCCCUCUUAUGCUAUUCCUUCUCUAUUUUCAGGCCAACAUCCUGUUAUUCUUCCUCCUCCUAAUUCCGAACCUUAUCCCCCUCCUCGCCCAAGCGAUGGUUUUAUGCACAGUGAGCCUGUGGAAGAAAGAUCGGGUACUCCUACGGUUGAUGAAAGGUUAGAAGUUCCUCCCAUUCGGCCUCCAUACGAUCCUUACAGGCCGAUGAAUUAUAUGAAUCCGGGAUACGAUCAACAUUUCGGUAUGGUCCAUCCUCCGCCGAUGACGUACGAUCCGAACAUGAUAUACGAUAGAGGUUACAGAGGAAUGCCUAGAGGUCCCAGGAUGCAUAGAGGAAGGUUUACGAUGAGACAACCGCCACCUCCGGGCAGCAGGCCUAUUAGUCCACCGAGAAACGAGGAAGAAGCAUUUUUAGCUUUUCAAAGAAUGUUGAAAGAAAAGGAGGAACGGGACAAACGUAAAAAUGAAAAAUUAAAAUCUAGGAGAUCUACGUCUCGAUCGAGAUCUCGAUCAGCCGCACGAUCCAGACGAUCAUUUUCGGGAGCCAGAUCCAGAUCUAGAACACGUUCGAGAACGCCACCGCGGCGAUCUCGUUCGCGAUCGAAAAAGAGAUCUCGUACGAGAUCUCGAUCGUUUGUGAUAAGUCGAUCUCGUUCGAGAUCUUAUUCUAGGUCUCCUUUACACGAAAGAAAUUAUUCACCUAGGAAAUAUUAUUCGCCGCAUAGGUCGCCAUUAAGAUGCGAGAGGUACGAAAAUACCGGUUACGAGCCCUGGAAUCAGGAUCACAGGGAAUAUCGUCGUGGAAGGUACAGAGGAAGAGGGGGGAGAGGACGAUUUUAUAAAAAUUCACCUCCCCGCGGACACGAUCAUCAUCAUCAAUCUUAUAACAGGUACUUGUUUUUUCCAUUUAUUUAUUAUUGGUUGGAAAGAUUUUUUUGUUCGCUCGUACCCGCGACCGUAUCAACCGUUAAAAUUCGAAUAGGAAUCGGUUGA